GGCCCCUCACCCCUCCUUAUGAUGCCCAUGAUCGCCGAAAAAUGAAGAAACGCGCUCUUUCUCUCUCUUUCUUUCUCUUUCUCUCUCUCUCUCUCUCUCUGUCUCUCCCCCUCUCUUCCUUUUUCAGUCUGGCCUCCUCCCGCUCCUGCCUCGUGCCCUCACCCCACCCCGCGGCUCUCUGAUCCUUCCAACAGUCGGAGGUUGAUGGACCUCCUACCCUGACACGUCGAUUAGCGAAUUGGCCGUUUUCGAUUGGCGAGAGGGCGUCGCGGCCGUCAUUUUUGCGGGUCCAGGUCCGUCGGUUCCAGGUCUAGGCCGUUUUCACUGAAAGGUGGUUCACUAAAGGGAGGUUUGUCCACCGCCGAACAGAAGUCAGGACCCCCCGGGAGGAGGAGCUCCGAAGCGGCCGGACAGUCCGUCCGCGAACGAAGCCGUCGCCUUCGGCGAGUGGUUUCGCCCACCGCAUGAAUUCGACUCGCGCGGGUCUAGCGUCGCCUCCCUCUAUUCGGUAAGGGUUCCACGACUUCUGUUGCCUCUCGAUGCGCGUCGGAUCGUUCGCGGGUUUUGCUGCAGGUUUCCUUGAAGACCCAGCGGCGUGGAAGGUCAUCGGUGCUUCUGGCCUGAGCCCCGCCAGUCCACUGGCAGGCAGCCAUCGAACCCUUAGGGAGCUCUCUCUCCCUGCAUCCUUCCCCCCUCCCCGCCGGUCCUCGGCCAGCCCGGUUCACCCCUGCGCCGAGGCCUGCUGUCAUGCUGCCCCUGGACCUGGUGGCAACUCGGGCCGUCCGUGAGCCCACCGAGGCGGAGCUGCAGCUCGUCUCCCAGCUGAACGGGCAGGGAGCGGGGAUCGACCGCGAGGUGUGGUUCCGGCGCCUUUCCGAGGAGGGCGACGGCGCGGGCCCGAGGCCCCUUCAGCAGCGCUCCGCGGGCCUCGGAGCGGGCGGGCGCCUGGCGCUGCGCGGCGCGGGCGGACGGCGCGCCGAGGACUUCCUCGACGGGGGGCUGGACGCCCGGCCGCAGCGCCGGCAGCAGCGGGCUCAGCCGCGCGCCACCCAGCGACAGCCCGUCGACGACUGUCUGUCCGUCCCCGCCGAGUUGCACGCGAGGAUGCUGGCCCUCGCGUCGGAGGUGCGCGGGCAGGCCACGCACGUGUUGGCCUUCUCGCCCAGGAAAGUGUCCAUCGAGCUGGGCAAGGCCAGCAUACCACAACACGACGGCAAGCCGGAGCAGUUCACCGAAUACGACGCGCGAUUCUGUUUUUUUGUACUACGCCCGGGAGGGUAAGCCCAAACAGAGGGCCAGUGCGCUACAUCUCCAUUCAUUCUUCCGCGGCCCAGCAUAUGACGCGGUACGAAAGCUCAAGCGCGCAGAUUUUUUGACAACGUAUGAAAAUUCAACACCGCAGGGACGGAGGCUAGUUGCUGUUGACAAAUGGAGAAGGAUGGUUGCGCCAGUCCGGUCGACAGGGAUAUCCGACACGUCUUUCUAUGGCAGUACCGUCUGGCGCAGCAAAAACGAUUCAAUGGCCAACUAUGCGACACGCCGCUUCAGAGAGUAUGCAGAGCUGGAGCAGGUCAUAUCAGAUACGACCG